AUGGCUGCUGGCAAAGAAGGAAAGAAAGCCGCUCCUAAAGGCUCCAAGCAAGCCAACGCUGCUGCCAAGGCUGCUUUGAAGGGCACUCAUGCCCAUAAGCAGCGAAAGGUCCGCACGAGCACCUCGUUCCAUCAACCCAAGACUCUGGUCCUCUCGCGAGCUCCCAAGUACCCUCGCAAGUCGAUCCCUCAUCAACCCCGCCUGGAUGAGCACAAGAUCGUCAUUCACCCUCUCAACACUGAGAGCGCCAUGAAGAAGAUGGAGGAGAAUAAUACCCUCGUCUUCAUCGUCGAUGUAAAGGCCAACAAGGCCCAGAUCAAGCUUGCCCUCAAGAAGCUAUAUGAUAUCGACACCGUCAAGAUUAACACUCUUAUCCGACCUGAUGGUUCCAAGAAGGCUUAUGCUCGCCUGACUCCUGAUGUCGACGCUUUGGACAUUGCUGCUAACAAGCUGUCCUUGGUGUAA